UGUCCUAACCGACUUGCCAAAACUAUAGUUUGUAAACAUGACAUUUGUGGAGUGGUUGAAAAACAAGUUUUAAUGACUCCAAUCUAAGUGUAUGUACUCUUUUGACUUCAACUAUAUGUAAGAUUAUGGAGAGACUUACUUCCUGGAGAACAGGGGGUUAAUAUUGCCACAUCAGAGUGGGUUCAGGAAGGGGAACUAUGAACCCAGUGCUCUGCUUAGAAGCAGAGGUCAGGAAGGCCCAGGUCAAUAAGGAGCCUGUUGUAGCUGUCUUGUUUAAUGUGGAUAGCGUAUGAUAUGCUAAUCAAGCUUGACCUUAUUGGUGUAGGAAGUAGAACGUUCAACUGUUUGGAAGGUCUAUCCAGGUGAGGGUGGGGCAGCUACUUGGUGGAUAAUGGUAAACCACAGGGGAGCGUGAUUAGUUGGAAAAUAUCAGCUGUCCCUUGUCAAAAAAAACAAUACCCGAUAACCGAUAUUUCCAAUUUUAGCGGCCUUUAAGCUUUCUAGUACAUUUAAAUUGUUUAAACACACACUAAAAAGUUACUGUUGGCAUUUACGUAUGUCCCCAUUACCAGUAAAACAUCAUCAAAACCUAUUUAUUUCACUUACUUGCUGUGCGGUUUUGAUGUUCAUUUAUUCAGUCUUAACCAGGAUUUCAUCAUACAUGUCAAGCAGUGAAGUUUCAACUCUCUUUGUCCGUGGCCUCUCUUCCUCGGUGCGCACUGUCACUAUCUUGUCCAGCUGUGUCUAACAUUUCACAUAAACCCUGUUGCUUGUCUGCAUCGAAGUAGCGGUCCUUGCAUCGAGCAUGGUGGCGAAACAGUAAAGAGGCUCAGAGAGAAUCCCAACGAAUCGCUUGUUCACAGCCUCUUGUAGAGUACUUUUGCAAGUUUUAACACCGCGGUCUGUGUCCGCAGUUUCGUUGAGCAGGCGUUUCAAUGCCGUGACAGAGGGUAUCACGUCUGCUGCAGACGCUGUCGAUGAGCUUAUUUCUCGAGUCUGUUCGAAUGUAGCUAGGAGUGUGUUCAUUUUUCCAAGUUUCAAACAUGUUCUCAAAUGCCAUUGAAAUGGCAGCAGUGGUAUGAGAACCAGCACAUUCUUGAGCAUGCAAUACGGCUUUCCUCAUUACAAAAUUCUCGUUGACCCACUGCGCUGUCAGACUCAGCAUGUUCACUGGGCUGACAGCGCUGGUCCAAAUUUCAGUCGUGAAGCUAAUAGCAGUGACGCCCAUAGCAAGUAGCUUAUGAAUGUGCGUUUCAACAAUACUCUGUAACUCCGGUAGGGUAACAUCUGAAAAAUAGCGCAUACUUGGUAGUGUGUACCGGGGCUUGAGUUGCUCGACCAGUCGGCGAAAGCCAAAAUCAUCCACGACAUUGUCAAAGGCAAUGAAUUCCAAUAUCUUGGCGAUAAUGGAUUUCGCCUUUGAGUUGUCUCGCUGAAAUGUUCUUACUCUUUCAAAUGACUGCUCAACUUGAACUUGUUUAGUUGUUGGUGUGCGCUUUAGUAUUUUUCUGCUUUUGUGUUGCGCUGUAUUUUUUGUGGCGUCAUUACGUCAUCUACCUACAUUAUAUAGGUGUGCACGUCAGCUUUGACAUUGGUUUUGCACAUCAGCGUUAAACUAGACACCGGGCUGAUGCCGAUGUUGGCAUUUUUAGCUAAUAUCAUCCGAUUCUGUUAUUGCUUACCAAUUUAUGUUCUGCGUCCCUAGUGAUUUGUCAUAUUUUGUUCUCAAUCAAUAUCAAUUAUUUUUACUCUCAGGUACAGCUGGAUAUUGGAAGGUCUUUAUUUGCAGAUGAUGGGGCCUAAUGGAAGAAAUGUACCAUUCACAGUCAGGAUGUACAGGAAGCAGUCGAUGAGGUGGUCAUUAAAGUAGGGAUUCAGAUUCUCUGUAGAGAAGUCAGACAGUGUUCUUUACCAUGAGGAAGGUGGGAGAUGAGGUACGUCUGAGGUUGUAUGGGAGAAACUUGGAGAGACUGGGGGCCUUCAGGUUCCUAGGGAUGUACUUUGACAUUAGGCUGACCUGGGCAGAACACAUUGAGAGAGUGGUGGGAAAAUUCUAUAGUUUCUGAAUGUGAUGCGCUGUCUGUAGCUUAUGGUUCAGCAGCCAGGAUAUCACUGGAAAGAUUAGAUGUCAUACAGGCGCAAGGACUCAGAAUAUGAAGCCAGACAGAGUAGUAGUGUGCGCUGUCUCAUUUCAUCAGUACUGAUAAGUCUGCAGUCCUUUAGCUCACGCAGCACCAGACAAAACCUGCUGUAUGAGGUACUACAAACCCAUCUCUCUUCUAUAAACAGAGGAAAAUAAUCAAAUCAAAUUUGAUUUGUCACAUGCUUUGUAAAGAAUAGGCGUAGACCAACAGUGAAAUGCUUACUUCUGGGUCCUUUUCCAACAAUGCAGAGUUAAGAUACAAAAAUACAAAGUGACACAAAGAAUAAAUACACAGUAAAUAACAAUACAGAGUAAAAAUAACAUGGAUAUAUACGGGGAGUACAAGUACUUAGUCAGUGCAAGAGACUGCCUGGUAUAGAGGUCCAGGAUGGCAGGGAGCUUGGCCCCAGUGAUGUACUGGGCCGUACUCACCACCCUCUGUAGUGCCUUGCGGUCGAGUGCCUUGCAGGUGCCGUACCAAGCCGUGUGCAGCCAGUCAAGAUGCUCUCAAAAAGUUGGGGGCGGGAGAACGGCAGCAUGAGAAAGAUGAUAGGAGGCCACCUUAAAUAGACAUAGGUUGGAACACAACCGUCUGAAUAAGUAAUUACAUAUCAUAGGAAAAUAUCCACCAGGAAGGUGCGAUUAUUGCCAGGAAAUAUAAACAGUAGAACAUGUGUUGAUAUAGUGCGGGCAGUAUAAGCGGGAGAGAGAUAUUUGAGCAUCUGCAUUUGAUUUAAAAAAUAUAUAUUUUACCAGGUAAGUUGACUGAGAUGAGAGAGAAUGGGAUACAGGAAUUAAAUGUAAUGAGUCCAUUGAGUAGAAUAUGAACAUAUACAGUAUUCGUUUUUUUUGUGUUGUUUUUAUAAGAUAAACGGGGCAGGCAGGCAUUAUUAUGUUUCUCCCGGUCUCUGGCCCACACUCCACUCCAGCACAGUAGUAGGUGGCAGUAAUGCACUAACAACAUAGGAUGCCAACUGCCCAAAAAUACCACCGAAGAAGUAAACGGACGCGAACAGUGACCAAGAACAAUUACCACUUUAGCGUUUUUAUUGUUGUAUUUAGACGUUUAUUAACACACUGGAACUCAAAGUAUGCCGAUUUUUACUUCACGGCAUCACAUUAUUACCUCAGGUAGUCUGUAAUUCGCGUUGGAAACAGGACUUGGUUCAUAUACCUAUGUUAUCUAGGUAACGCUUGCUAGCUGCUAACAAUGGCUGACUGUAUGGUUUUUCACACUCAAAUAGCCUCCAUUAUGGAGGUGCUAGCGAAUGCAGCCGUGGCAGAGAUCUGUAAACUAGUAGAUGACGACUAUGCAGUGUUUCGUUUAGAAGUUACUCAAAGCCAGAAAGAAAACAGGGGAUUGCGGAGGAAACUACAGCUACUGGAACUGAAGGUGGCACGGGAGCGCGCAGAGAGGACAAUACGAGAGCGCGUCGUCGCCAGUCGUCCCAGUAGUGUCAAGAUCCUCGACCGAUACAGAGGAAUGGCAAGAGGUGAAGGACAUCUCACUGGGGGCCACAGGAGCUUUGUGAAACCAGUGGGACACAACGCAUGGAUAGAUGACCAACCUAUAGCUAUAGAUGAGGGGAGUGGAACCUCAACCCAGCAUGUUAUUGUGAUAGAGUCUGCAGAUGCAGAGGCUGCAAGUCCUGGGGUCAAUCAGGAGGGGACUGAAGGAAAGGACUCAAGACACAGAGACAUCCAGACUGGAGCGCUCCCUGUAGCCACGGAGGACCGCGCCGCCACGCCCCAGCCCAGGACCUCCCGCAGCAUCACGGAGGAGGAGGAGGGUCCAGAGGUGCUGCUGGUCAAGGAGGAGGGGUGUGAGGAGGGUCUGGGGAACCCUGAGGGGAACAUGGUCAUGGAGGACAACCAAACUACACCUCUUGAACCCACAGAGGAACCAGCUGAGCAGCACAGGAACACACACUGUAUCACUGAGUCAGUAGACAUGGAGGAUGGGAAGCCUGAUCUGCUACUAGUCAAAGAGGAGACAGUAGAGGAUGGACCAGAGAGCAUUGAUCUGCUGAGUGGACUAAAGAUGGGGGAGCAAGGUGAUUGGCUGGAGGCUAACAGAGGAGACUGGACGGCCAUCUUGAAUUCCCAGACCGGUGGAGCCAAGGGCUUACGGGACAACAUCACUGAGCAGGCCAGGACAAGAGGCGACAAAGUGGAGUCUGCUGUCCAUGAGAGCCUGCUGUCAUCCGGUGUUGCUGGUGGGAGAGACUGGGCCUCUGAGGUGGCUAGUCACAAAGCCUGGCCCCGGAUCAGAACCCUGGAUCAGCAGCCUUCGCUCUUCCUUCCCGAGUCGGAACCAGGACCCAACUACGAGGGACAGAGACUCCACCACCACACAGAACACAACCAGUGGACAGGUGGACUGAACAACCUCAGUCCUGGUGGUCAUCAGAGAGAUAGAGGCUCUAGUCAGGGAUCCAGUCUGCAGCCCAGACCCUUCUCUUCACAGUCUCAGUGCAGGGAUGUAGCAGGGCCUGGGGCUGAUAGAGAUAGACCCUCCUGUUCCUAUGAUACAAACACCACAGUGUCCAUGAUAAACAGUGCAGGUCUUCCUGGGCUUCAGCCUUCACAGAGAGUGGUGGGAGACCCCCCUGGUAGGAGUCUAACAGGAAGUCUUUCCUCUCCAUCAGGAUCUCGUCUAAUGCCUGGUGAAUGGGUUCAUAGAAGGUCUGGGUCUAGCCUUCCUCAUUUAACUCAUGGUUACCCUAGCAAUACAGACAGAGUCAGGAUGGGUGUUCAGCACAAGCGCUUCCUAGCCUCUAACACAGCACAAAAUCCCAACAACACCCAAACAAUGGCUAGAGGUCAAGGAGGGAGCUCAAAGACUAACCACCUGAGGCUGGCUCCUGCUUCUACCUCCUCUGGUGUCAUUGGGAGGCCGAGCAUUAGGACUGACGCCGACAAGCCGUACACCUGCCCAACGUGUGGGAGGCGCUUUGCUAAAGCGAGCUAUGUGAAGAUGCACCAGACCGUUCACACCAAGGAGAAGCCCUUCAAGUGCAAACUAUGUUACAAGAGCUUCUCCUUCCUGACUAACCUUAUCAGACAUAGGAGUGUCCACAAUGGGGAAAAAUCAUAGCAGUGUGGCCUGAGAUGUACACUGGGGGUGUCAGGGUGACAUAUUAUAGUUAUGUGAAGUGUCUUUGGGUAAGAGAGUAAUUAACCACAUACCCCUCAUUAACCCUUUGUUAACUUGUCUUUUGAAACAGGCUUGUGUAAACUGUUUUUAGAGAGAGUAAACCUGGGCUAGAACAAGGAUAGUUGAAUAAAGUAAUUGUAUUAUUUUCUACUGUGUUCUUGAUAACACACUGUUCUUCAUAAACAAAUCUGCUCUGAGCUUGAAAGAUGGUGAUCAUGAAGGAGAUUUGAUGUGUAAUGUAAUAAGCAAUGGCGUAUUUGAAAAAAAAAGCAUGCAUACAUACCCUUUUCAUUUAACCACAUCCUUUGAGCUAUGACGCCAACCAUUAAGUAUGAGGCGUUAUACCUGCCUAUUCCUUGAUUGUAAUAUUCAACCGAUAAGGCAAUGCCACAAUAGUGAUUAUUGGAAGAAUUGAACCGCUCACGCAACGAGAACCGGAAGCACCGACUGCUAGCAGAGCAGAGUGGAUGAUUGUAAGUAGAAACUUCAGUGCAAACUUGUUUGGAAGACUGUUGUGGGGGGUGCAGACUGCUAUAGAAGGUUUUUGGUAUCCAUUACUGGGAGUUACAGGUUAGGUACUGUUUGGUGUAGCACAGAAUAUUUUCUAUAACUUCAAAUUGUAUUGGUCACAUACACAUAUUUUGCGGGUGUAGCUAAAUACUUAUGUUCCUAGUUCCAACAGUGCAGUAGUAUCUAAAAAUGAUUCACAACAAUACACAAAUCUAAAAGUAAAAGAAUGGAAUUAAGAAAUAAAUAUUAGAUCGAGCAAUGUUGGAGUAGCAUUGACUAAAAUACAGUAGAAUAUAAUACAGUAUAUACAUGUGAGAUGAAUAAAGCAGUAUUUAAACAUUA